AUGGCACCAAGGCUUCCUCCUCCUCCACCACAGACCAAUGAACAUGAUGUGCCCAACAACACCAGGUUGUUGGAAUCAGUGAUCGAAAAGCUACAAGAGCAGAAUGCUGUUUUGAUGCAGCAGAACGCGACUGCUUCACAAAAUCUCGAAGCUGCUCGCGCCAAUUCUGAAAUGACUCAGAGGCAACUAAUGGAGAUUCUUGCAGCUACUAGGGGUACGCCGGGAGCAUCUGCUUCAAACACUACUCAUCAGGCUGAGUGGAGUUUGGAGAACGUUUUGCAGCAUCGUCCUGCAAAGUUUGAUGGGAAGUGCCUUCCUGAGGGAGCCGAUCAAUGGCUGAGGGACAUGGAACAGAUCUACAAUGCCAAGCGAUGUUCGGACGACAAUAGGUUGGCAUAUACUGAGUAUCUGCUGACUGGAGAGGCCAGUCACUGGUGGGCAAGCGUUAAGAUGAUACUAACGGAAGCUCAAAGCCCUAUUUCCUGGGAAGUGUUCAAGGAAAAAUUUUAUGAGGAGUAUUUCCCGGAUAGUGUUCGUUUCGGCAAAGAAGUUGAGUUUCUCCAGUUGGUGCAGGGUAGUAUGUCUGUUUCUGAGUACACCAACAGGUUGAAGCAUCUGGUUCGUUUUAAUACCAUGGCUACGAGUGAAGUGUGGCAGUGCAGGAAGUUCGAGAAUGGGCUGAGGAGCGAUCUGAAGGUACUGAUAUCCAGCCUUUGCAUUAAGUCUUUUCCUGCCAUGAUUGAGAGAGCAAAAGUGUUAGAGAAAAAUGUGGCUGAAGCAGAACGACUGAAGAAGCAGCAACAAGCAACUAGGGGGCCGAUCAUGUCCAGGCCGAAUCUGAAUCGGAACAGGUUUCCGUAUGCUCGCCCAGCACAAUCAUCUAAUUCUCAGGCUAUGGUUGUUGCCGGACAGUCUGGACAGCACGGAUCAGUCAAGUGUUUCCAAUGUGGAGGACCACACUACCGGUCGUCAUGCCCUCAGUUAUUGGGAGUGAAGUCCUGCACUCGUUGUGGAAGGAAUGGUCACAUAGAACGCGACUGUAAUAUGGGCGGACGAGCGGCAAUGAGGCCGCCAAAUGCUGGGAGAAUGCAACAAGGAAGGGGUGGACGAGCAUAG